AUGACUAAUGAUGAUUCACCUUCAAAUUUAAAUGAAGAUGCAAAAACAAUUGAAAAAACGAUGCAACCAGUUCUUACAACACAAGCACAACAUAUAAGUACACCAAAUGAAUUAGUACGUCGACAUGUUCGAAUCUUAGCAGAAGAAGAAAGAAUUGGUGCUGAUAAAUGGUUAUCUAUAUUGAAUCAAGUUUAUGAUGUUUUAAAUUAUUCACCAUCACAGCAACAAAAAGUAUGGUAUGAACAAACUAAAGAUGAAGUUAAGGACGAUUGGACAUUAUUUCGUGAACGAUUAAAACAAAAUUCAUCUAACUAUAAAUCAAUUCGAACAAUUGCUCCGUCAAUUGAUAUUUCAACAUUAAACAAUACCGAAGUGGUUGUACUAGAAGACCUUAUCGAUGCAAAGUUUGACAAAUAUUCAGGUGUUGGUGAUGCAAAAAAUUGGUUAUUGCAAACCAUGAAUCAGUUUAAAGCAUGUGGUUUACGACGUGAUGAUCAAUUUGACGCCAUACCUUUACUAUUAGAGGGCGAUGCUUAUUUAUGGUAUGCUGACAACAGCGAUGCAAUUUUCAACUUCGAAACAUUCACCAAGUUAUUUCUUCAACAAUUUAAAUUAAUGACAUUAUCAUCAACAAGUUCUAUAAGGAGUACGGGAACAUUAGUGACCACAGUACCUGAUCACUCAUCUAUAUCACAUUUACAACGAACCGUGGCGGAUGAAAUUAUUAAGAAACCAA